CACGAUAAGACCGUAUAAUUUCCCUGGAUGUGGGACACGACUAAGAGUCACUUAUAGAACCCUGAAACACUCCUGCGCACUUAUUUGCAGCCGCUAUAAAAGUGGUUAUCUAUCACCACUUCAAAACUCGAAAUUAUAACACAUCUCUUUUUAUCAAUCAAUCAUCAAUCAAUCAAUGAAUCAAGAAAAUGAAAUCCUGUUUCUGCCAUUCUAUAUUGGUAAGGCAGCUAUGAUGAAAAGGCAUCCUAAAUGGAAACAUUAUCCCAUAGAAGAAUUCUCUCUCAAGUAUUCAUUUGAUAAAAUUGUAUCUGGAGCUGAAUUUUAUUCUGCAAAUAGUAUUAUAUUUAUUGUAACUGAAAAAGCUACUAAACAGAAGUAUCUUUUAAAAGUAGUUGAUCCUGUAAGAUCAGCAAUUUUUACUGAAAGAGAAAGUGUAAUUGAAGGAAGUUAUAAAACAUGUUUUAAAGCAUUUGCUAAAGAAAUUGAAGCUUAUAUACGUCUUGAAGGACUUGAAACUGGUGUUCCAAAAUUUUAUAGUUUUGGUAUUUUACAAAAUCCUUCAAUUGAUAAAUUUAUAGAUGUAUUAACUAUUCCAGAGAAUGAUGAUUUAAUACCUAUUACUGGAUUUUAUAUAUUAUUUGAAUUUAUUGAUGGUCAACCAUUAUCUGAAGCUGGAUUUUAUGGUGAGAGAAAGGAACAACUUUAUCAAAAGAGUAUUAAAGUCCUUAAUAAGUUUCAUGAACUUGGAGUUGUUCAUCAAAAUAUAGUUCCUGAAAAUGUUUUAGUUCAAAACGGUACUGAUGAUCCUUAUUUUAUUAGUUUUAGUCAACUGGAAACCACAAGUAUCUCAGAACCAAUAGAAUCAUCAUCAGAUGAUGAAGAAAAUAAUAAAUUAGAUUUUAGAAGAAAGCAAGAAACUGAUUGUGAUGAUAUCUUUAUUGAAAUCCUUAAGCAUCAAAUUGAUAUUGAUGAAAUGUCUUUGAGAUAUAGAAAUUAUAGAUAAAUUAAAUAUAGCUAAGAAAAAUGGGAAUUGGGG